AUGCUAAUUGGUAAUCCAUACCCGCCGAAUCGGAAUGCGAAUGUGAAUGUAAAUGCGGAUGCGGAUGCGGAUCCAGAUGCGGAGGGAGCGAGAAGUAUUCUCCGCGAUUCUGAGGUUUUUGCCAAUUUGUUGCGCUUCUACGACGGCAUCUGCCAGUGGGAGGAGGAUAGCUUGACUCCCAUUCUGCAUAUUGGUUGGGCUAAGCCCUUGGUGAAUAAUAUCACCAAGUUCGAUUACGACAUUCGGUCCCAGGUGGUCAUCAAAUUGCCCGAGGAUCUGGAGGCGGAGCAGGCGAAGGCGGAACUCGCGAGGGCGGAGCAGGAAGCCAAGGAGGCUAAGGAUAAGGAGUCGAAGGAAGCUGCAGGAUCGGAGGCUUUGGAAGGCAAUAACAACAGGCUUGUCGCAAAGGAAGAGAAAUCCAAAAAUUCGGAGCUACCGACUACCUUGGCCGAUUUGACAGCUGCCUGCGGCGAGAAGAUUCUCAAUCCGGACUUCCUGCUCCAGGGCGGAGGACAGCCGUUCGCCGAUCAGAAGCAACAGCCUUCUGGCGGCGAAUCCGAAAAUGCAGAGCUCCACAAUAACAACAAUAACAGCAACAGCAAUAACAACAACCACCAUUCGGACAAAAAGGAGGCCGCAGCCACCGCAACUACGGCAACUACCACAAGCAAUGGCAGCGGCACCUCUGGCCAGUUGCCCGCUUCUGGUGAAGCACAAUCCCAAGUUCAACUAAAUGAGCAAAAGGGAAAACCACAGCACAAAGAAGCUAAAAAAGAGGAGACAAGCGACGACUACGAUCCCUUCGAGAUAAUGCUCAAGCGGCCGGUCAUCACCUUGUACAGCCAAAAGAUGAAGGGCCUGAAGGAUCUGCUGCUGGCCGAGAAGCUCAACACUCACGCCAUCUCCCUCCAAGUCACCGCCCAGUCAGUGGCCUCGCGAAAGGUUCGGGGAGUGGAGAAACAAUCGGCCACCAUUUCGGCGACCAUCACUGCAAUCUCUUCCAGUUCCGGAGACAGUGUCCUGAGCGGAGUCGGUGGUGGAGGCGCUGGUGGAGGGGGCAGUGGUUCAGCAGUCACCGGUGGAGCGUCCUUGGCAUCAUCGUCCCUAGGAGGAGAUUCUAUAGCCGCCUCACGGCCAAAAAGAACGCGUCGCGAGUAAUUCUCAUUGUUGUAUAUUACGUAUUGGAAAAUUUCUUAUUAAUCAUAUGUGCAAGCUAAGGUGGUUCGAUUUUUGUUGUGUGUCAGGCAACUUUCUAAUCCAGAGUAGUGUGAACUCUUUA